AUGCGUGAGAAGCUUGCGAAUAAACGUGUGCAGUGCCGUCUUUGUAAGGGAGACCACUACACUGCGCGCUGUCCUUAUCGAGACACACUUGAAGCUAUUCCCGGCGCUGGUGGCGACGUGCCAGACAGCGACACAGUCGCCGCUGCGGCUGCUGCCGGCGUUUCCCUCACGAGCGAGGGAGCUGCAGCGGCAGGCAAGAUGAAUCCUGUAUCAGCUGCGCUAGGAGCUGCCGUUGCGAAUGCGCCCGGCAAGUACAAGCCGCCCAGUUUGCGCUCUGGUGCCAUGCCAUCGCAUGGCAUGGGUGGUCCAACCCAGCGCGAUGAGUCUGCUACACUCCGUGUGACGAACUUGAGCGAAGAUGUUGAAGAAGAGGAUCUGCGUGAUCUAUUCCGUCGGUAUGGCCGUGUGACACGGAUCUUUGUGGGACGUGAUCGUGAAACUGGUCUGUGCAAGGGCUUUGCGUAUGUCAACUUUGAGUGA